GAAGGCCUAAUUGGUAAACUCAAAGGUCCAAGCAUGAGAGACAGCUUGGAGCCUAGGAGGCCCAUAUGUUGAUUCAGACGCUUUGCUUUGGGACAAAAUACAUUAUUGAACCCAGGAAAAAAAAAAGGGCUUUGCGAGCUUUGACCCUCUGGUUUCUCUCUCUCUCUCAAAGCUUUUCUUUUUCUUUCGCCUCUCUCUCCACACAUUGUGUAGUUAGGAGCUAGCUCUCUCUUCUUUAUCUCUCUCUACAGUGGUGGGUGCUUUUCUGAUAUCUCCCACUGCUAAAGCGAAACCCUAAAGCUCUGAACUUUGAAGCCCCAGGUACUCUUUUGGGCUUCCUUUUCUCUUCAUUUUCGACCUGUCUUGUGAUUUCCUUGGUGGGUUUCCUUCUCUACGCCCCUCUACUUUGUGUUUUAGCUUCUGGGUCUUUGUGGGUUUUGGAUCCUUUCAUCCAGAGUGGUGGUGGGUCUCUGUUUUUGAGAUCUAUACUCUUUUGAUCCACUUCUUCUUCUUUUUUUUCCUCCCCCUUUCCUCCCGAUUGCUUAUCUUCUUAUCUUUUGCAAGUUGGUGUUUGGUGUGAGCUGAAAGCUAUGGAGAAACAAACAUUUUUUUUGUGAGAAUUGAAUUGUUCUCGCUCGCUUUCCAUUGUUAUUUGUUCCAGGGCGUUUCUCUGGAAAGUAUAUUUUUGUUCCCUGGAAAAAGGAGCAUUUUUUAGGUAGGCAAGAGAGGCUUCCUGAAAUUGUGCCAUCUUUUUUUGAGAUCUUACGCGUUGACCUCAGUUGCAAUUUGGGUAUUCGUAAUUUUCUGGUUCGAUCAAUUGUUAGACGUGACCUCAUUAUUGAUGGAGUUGGUAUUGAAAAGAUUUGGGACUGUCAGUGGAGGGAGGUAUGCAUUAAAGCUGGGGGCUAACUAAUGGGUUUGCUCAAUCUGAUCUAUCAAACGAUUUCUCUUCAAUGGCUUCAAAACCUGGUACCAGACUUUCCCCAGAAAAGCAGAGAAUAACGGGUGGUAAUCACACAUUAGAAGGUAAUUCACGGAGGCCCUCGCCUUUGCAAAUUUCGAAAACAAUCAAAUCGGAGUCAGUAGCUCCCAAAAAGUUACCUAAGAGUGUGCAGCAAGUUGCAUCGAAGCAGGUUACUGUAGAAAACGCAGAGGGAAAAAAAUCGACCAAUUCUUUUCAUAAGGGUUCUGCCUAUUCUUUAGCUGAUAAGUUAGAUUCAGGCUUGUCCUUGGGUGAUUUGAAGCAUGUACCAACAAAUGCUGGUUCUGGAAUGAGUGAGGCUGGACGUGAUCAAGAAAAGAAAGCUUCUGAGCUUGGAAUCAGUUCGGCAUCUGCUAAAGUUAGUGAUGGGACAAGCAGCCUUGGCAAGACAAGUGGAAGUGCCAAAAUCAGUGAGCGAGCUGAUUUUGUUGAGAGUGGAAAGAGCAGUAUGUGUAGGGGUAGCACGAGCAGUGACAUCAGUGAUGAAAGUACUUGUAGCAGCUUAAGCAGCAGUAUCAGCAAACCUCACAAAGCAAAUGACUCAAGGUGGGAAGCUAUCCAAGCUGUACGAACCAAAGAUGGUGUUUUGGGUUUGAGCCAUUUUAGACUUCUGAAAAGGUUGGGUUGCGGGGAUAUUGGAAGCGUUUAUCUUUCGGAGUUGAGUGGUACAAAAUCUUACUUUGCAAUGAAGGUCAUGGACAAAGCAUCCCUAGCCAGCCGGAAGAAGCUGCUUCGUGCUCAAACAGAGAGAGAGAUACUACAAUCUUUGGACCAUCCUUUCCUUCCAACCUUGUAUACUCAUUUUGAGACUGACAAAUUUUCAUGUUUGGUCAUGGAGUUCUGCCCAGGAGGCGACUUGCACACACUUCGGCAGAGGCAACCAGGGAAGCAUUUUUCAGAACAAGCUGUAAAGUUCUAUGUAGCAGAGGUCCUCCUUGCUUUGGAAUACCUCCACAUGCUUGGGAUUGUCUACCGUGACUUGAAGCCAGAAAACGUCCUCGUCAGGGAUGAUGGACAUAUAAUGCUCUCAGACUUCGAUCUCUCCCUCCGUUGCACCGUGAGCCCAACUCUUGUGAAGUCUUCAUCCCUCGAGACAGAACCCUUAAGAAAGAAUGCCGUUUAUUGUGUCCAACCUGCUUGCAUUGAGCCCUCUUGUAUCCAGCCAUCAUGUGUGGUUCCUACGUCGUGUUUCUCCCCUCGCAUCUUUUCAAGUAAAUCCAAGAAAGAAAGAAAACCUAAGAAUGAAAUUGGAAACCAAGUUAGCCCCUUGCCUGAGCUUAUUGCAGAGCCGACUGGGGCCCGCUCAAUGUCGUUCGUUGGGACACACGAGUACUUGGCACCUGAGAUUAUCAAAGGCGAAGGGCAUGGAAGUGCUGUGGAUUGGUGGACUUUUGGGAUCUUUCUUUAUGAACUGUUGUUUGGAAAGACUCCCUUCAAGGGAUCGGGCAAUCGGGCUACCCUAUUCAACGUUGUUGGUCAGCCACUCCGAUUCCCAGAUUCACCAAUUGUCAGUUUUUCAGCAAGGGAUCUGAUAAGGGGGUUGCUUGUGAAAGAGCCACAGCAUCGAUUAGCAUAUAAACGGGGAGCAACUGAGAUUAAACAACAUCCCUUUUUUGAAGGUGUGAAUUGGGCUUUGAUUCGUUGUGCAAGCCCACCCGAGAUCCCGAAGCCAGUCGAGAUCGAAAGGGUUCCUGCUCCGGUAACAUCAACCAGUGAAAAAGCCACUGCCACCGUCAUCCCUGAUCAGAAAAGUUCUGAUAAUUAUCUGGAAUUUGAUUUCUUUUAAUGGGUCUGGGAACCCAAAUUGCCCUUUCCAUAUUUUAUUUUGUUUUAUUUACUUGGGGGAAGAUGUAGAGUUUUUCAAACAGUUUAGAGAUGAUGAUGAUGAUGUUGUUGUUGUUGAAUUUAGGGUUCUUAUAUUUAUAGCCAAUGAUGUUCAGACGUUUGAUUUUGUUCUUUGGAACAUUCUACAAAUUUGUUUGUUAUCCUUUGUUCAACCUUCGGGGUUGACAUACUGCAAAUGCAAAGUAGCAGUUCUGAGGACUGGUGGCAUAAA